GUUAAUCCUGCAUCAUGCUGAGCUCUGCUGGCAUUCCCUGGCCUAUCUCUGUGACAGCAGUAUUUGGAAAUAAUUUUGGAUAACCUAGAUUCUGGAGGAGCGACUUUCCGGCGUUUUGGGGUCGGAGACUUGAGACAUAACUGAUGCAAACUGAUGAAGAUGUUGGUUAAUUAAUGAUCACAUGAGAAGGAAAUUGGUGGAGCGGCAGAGCUGUCAAUGGUCUGGGCAAUAAGAUACACCAGCUUGCAAGUGCGUUACAACGCAGAGUGUUGGGCUGGACUAUGAAGCUGCCAGUCACGGAUUUGAAUCCCAGUGAGGAAAUUAUUGAUGUUUCAGAGGUACCUUGGACAGACAUGAGUUUGUGAGCCUCCUCUGAGCCGUGGACUUAGGCCUGUGCAGGGACAUGAAGCCUUUCGGGAAGGCUUUCAAGUGGAGGAGCUAGUAGACUGGUUUGAAGUUGGUACAAACUUCUGUGACGAAAAGAACCUGGAAGACCUGUGACAGGGAGCAACUGUUUUCAGACUCUUGCAUUAAAUCUCAACAGUGCUUUUCUGCCAUCUGCUGCAGAGCAGGAGAUUACAAGACAUGUCCAUAGCACUCAAACAAGUCUUUAAUAAGGAUAAGACUUUCCGUCCAAAACGCAAGUUUGAACCUGGAACCCAGAGGUUUGAGCUUCAUAAACGAGCACAAGCCUCUCUGAACUCAGGUGUGGACUUGAAAGCAGCUGUGCAGUUGCCCAGCGGAGAAGACCAAAAUGACUGGGUAGCUGUCCACGUUGUUGACUUCUUCAACAGGAUCAACCUCAUUUAUGGAACUAUCUGUGAGUUCUGCACAGAGAGGACCUGCCCCGUGAUGUCUGGAGGCCCUAAGUAUGAGUACCGGUGGCAGGACGACAUGAAGUACAAGAAGCCUACAGCAUUGCCAGCACCCCAGUACAUGAAUCUUCUCAUGGACUGGAUUGAGGUGCAAAUUAACAAUGAGGAUAUAUUUCCCACAAGUGUAGGUGUUCCUUUUCCAAAGAACUUCCUUCAGAUCUGCAAGAAGAUACUCUGCCGGCUUUUUCGGGUGUUUGUUCACGUCUACAUUCAUCACUUUGACCGUAUCAUCCUUAUGGGGGCUGAGGCCCACGUCAAUACCUGUUACAAGCAUUUUUAUUACUUUGUGACAGAGCUCAACCUGAUAGACCGCAAAGAACUAGAGCCUUUGAAAGAGAUGACAACCAGGAUGUGUCACUAAAAAACACCCACUGAAGAAAAGCAAAGUCCAAUUUCCGUCUUGCUGCAGAGUUCAAGAACAUGACAGCCCUCGCAGAAUGAACCUGCUUGUUAAUCCAGGAAAGCUGGGAAGUUGGGAACCACAGUUACUUUCACAAAAGCUUCCCACUGCUGUCCGUGUGCUUAACCCUGAAUAUGCUGCUAGAACCUCAUCUGAGCAACAUGGGUUAGUGAGAAAAAGAAGAAUCAACUUCAUAUUAGUUUUAGCUCCUAUGUUAGGGAUAAGAAACCUCUUCAGCCACGAAUGAUGACAGACCAUCUUCCUGCUGCUAAAGCUUUACUGAAAUUUGGGCCCCUGGGCUGACCUCCAGAUUCAUUGUUUUAAAACAAGACUAUUAUUAGCUGCAAUGUUGUUUUCUUUUUCUUUUGUUCCUUGGUAUGUGCUUUGUUUCGUAAGCAUGGCAGAAUAUCACGGCAGCCUGGAAUCGCAGAAGACUCACAGCCUUUCAUGUCUCCCUCCCUUCACCACCACCCAAGGCUUGGCCACCAUUCCCAAAUUCCAGUGAGCCGUGACUUUCCAGUCCCAUCUGCUUGCCGAUCAGAUGGUUUGUGCUUGAGUGUGACUCAUAGUGGGGUGACAGAGGGGCAGCCUCUGAUCCCAGCUACAUGAGUAGGAAUCCAGAUACAGCACUGCAGUGUUGAUGUCUUGCCUUUGAAUUCUUACUGUGACGGACAGGAAAUCUGAUCGGUGUUGCUGCAUUACAUAAAAAAGCAAUUCAGUAGUCAGCGUUGUCAUAAAAUACCCUAUGAAGUGCACUGAUCUGUCCUGUAAUUGAUGUCCUCCUAUCCCCUUAGAGAAAAGAACCCACCCGUUCACCUUAAAGUGUUAUCUUUUCAGGGAGAAAUAAAUUUAAUUUUGGUAACCAGGAGAUAAAGAUACAGUAAAGAUGAGUAAUAUAACAGUCAGGGCAGGAGGGACUGGUUGAAAAUCUCUGUUGCGUCUAAACAGUGUCCAACCGUGUGGCUCCUUUCCCCACUGGAGUAGUU